AGUAUUUUUUUGCAGUAUGCCAGUGUUGAGAAAGAUGGUGAGCGUUACAUGACCCCAGAAGAUUUUGUGCAAAAAUACCUCGGACUUUAUACAGAUCCACGUUACAAUCCUAAGACAGUGCAGCUGUUGGCUGGAGUGGCAGAUCAAACUAAGGAUGGGUUGAUUUCCUAUCAAGAAUUUUUGGCAUUUGAAUCUGUUUUGUGUACUCCAGAUGCAAUAUUCAUUGUUGCUUUUCAGUUAUUUGACAAGAGUGGCAGUGGAGAAGUAACAUUUGCAAAUGUCAAAGAAAUAUUUGAACAAACUAUUAUUCAUCUUCAAAUCCCCUUCAACUGGGACUGUGAGUUCAUUCGACUGCAUUUUGGACAUAACAGGAAGAAGCAUCUUAACUAUUCAGAGUUCACUCAGUUUCUUCAGGAGCUGCAGUCAGAACAUGCAAGACAAGCCUUUGCAUUGAAGGACAAAAAUAAAAGUGGUAUGAUAACUGGGCUGGACUUCAAUGACAUCAUGGUUACCCUUCGCUCGCAUAUGCUAACUCCAUUUGUGGAAGAAAAUUUAGUUUCAGUAGCUGGUGGAACUGUUUCACAUCAGGUCAGCUUCUCCUAUUUCAAUGCAUUUAAUGCCCUUUUGAAUAACAUGGAUCUUGUUAGGAAGAUAUACAGUAAUAUAUCAGGUACAAGAAAAGAUGUUGAAGUCACAAAAGAGGAAUUUACCCACUCUGCAAUCCGCUUUGGACAAAUUACACCACUGGAAAUAGAUAUUCUCUACCAACUUGCAGAUCUAUACAGUGUUACUGGGCGCUUAACUUUGGCUGAUAUUGAGAGAAUAGCACCACUGGCUGAAGGUGCAUUACCUUACAACUUGGCAGAACUCCAGAGGCAG